CGCACGCCGACUAAAAGGCAGGAAGGACGAUCUGGAGUUUAAACUAACAUUCCAGUUGAGCCUCUUCACGCGUUUCUCUGUGACUUUCAAAUCUGCGGGCGCAGUACUUAUAAGAGAAACACUUACAAACUCAACCAAAUGGGGCGAUGAAAGAUUUUACGCAGAACACAAAUAUUUCGUUUUGGGGCUUUUGUCGGAAUCUACUUUUCUCAUCAGUUGCAUGAGACCUAAUAAAGUAUGAUAUCCUGUUGCUGCAGCCGAUGAAGAGGUCGAACCCUUCCCUGAUUGCUGCGAACUGCUGGAUCCGACUGAUAUCUAGAUGUAACGAUGCUUUGCUUGCAUCCUGGAUGAAUAGAAACGAAUCAGGGCAGUCGUGCAUCUCCUUUAAGUCAGCAAGGUCUCACUCUUUCUCCCAUUAGUCUAAAAUGAGGAGAAUCGUUCUGAAAGAAGCCGUCAAGCGGUUCCCCUGGAUGGCCAAUGUCACUUUGUACGGGUGCUUGUUCGCCGGCGGGGACCUCGUCCAUCAGCUCCUGGCUCAGAAAGAGCGAAUUGACUGGAACCACACUCGCAACGUGGCGACGGUGGCCAUCACUUUCCACGGGAACUUUAAUUACUUCUGGCUGCGAGCGCUGGAGAGGAGGUUCCCCGGAAAAUCUGCCGGGAUGGUCUUUCGCAAACUGCUGCUGGAUCAAAGCUUCGCGUCACCUCUGGCCACCAGUGUGUUCUACACGGGGGUGAGCUUCUUGGAGGGUAAGGAGGAUGUCUUUGAAGACUGGAGGGAAAAGUUCUUCAACACCUGGAGGACUGGACUCCUGUACUGGCCAUUCAUGCAGUUUCUGAACUUUGUACUGAUGCCCCUGUACAUGCGGACGGCGUUCAUGGGCUGCUGCGCCUUCCUCUGGGCCACCUUCCUGUGCUUCUCUCGUCAGAAUGGUGACGGCACGGCUGGGGUGGCGCUUGCCUUCAUCAUGGACCCUCGUAGGACCCUGGAGGACAUGCGUGAAGCUCGUUUAGCCCGAAAAAGGCAGAAGGCCCGGAAAGAAAACUGAAAGGAGGCCGAGGCCCCUAUUGCUGUCGUCUGGACCUGUGAGCUUAAUUUCUUCUAAACCAACUGCCACAUAGAACAGAUCAGCAUAGGAAAGUAAAACAGCGGUUAUUGUACUUGUUGUCAUAUACGCACACAGUAGUUUGACUGAUAAUUAUUAUGACAAAUGAAAUUUUAAGUUUGUGAUGAAGAUCAUGAUGAAGAUAAGCUUUCCAUGUGGAUAUUAACAAACUAUACAAAUGCCCAUGAAUAUAUGUGUAUAUGGAUAUUUAAUAUAUAUCUUGUUACAACUUAUACGUGAAUUGUGAUAUCCUAAUGUCUUAAUGCAGUGUGACAGUAGCUCUGGGAACAGCUUCUGUUCUGACCCAAUGCAUGCAGAUCUAUGAGCAGCUGUGUUAACAGGUCUUUUCUCUGUACUGGAGACAGAAAUAUGACCUUGUGUUGAGACUGGUGCUGUGUCUCAUUAGAAUCACAUACAUCUUUCUUUACCUGUGGAAGUGUAGAUUUUGACAUAGUGCUGUUGCAGUAUUGUCUCGUCAGGACAAAUCAAUGCCUGCUGCAGACAUUUAACAGUCAGAAAUUACAAUUCUGAUCUCACUGUUGAGUGUUACAAAUUGCGAUUUACUGAGCUCUUAUUAAAAUAAAAUUCAGAAUAAAGGCUUAAUAUUUUAUACCAGUGGUGCCUUCCCAUCUUGGUGACAAAACUGUCUUGACCACUGGUCUACAGUGUUGGGUGGCCACCAAUAGGUAUAAUAUAAUAAUACUUAUUAUUUUCUGCUUUUGCAGGCUGGUAGCUUCAAUGAGACAGUUUUAGUAAUAAGGCUUUUAAACAAGAAGGUGCUUGAUUAAUGUUACAGUAACCUGCUGUGUUAAAAAGAACAUCUCAGGUCAAGAGGUUUUCAAAAAUUUAAGUGAAAUCAAACAUCUAGCAGAGAUUAUGUAAAUAAAACCCAGAUAAAUCACCUUAUCAUGAAAAAGGUUUUUCUUCUAUGAAAGAUUUUAACAUGAUAGUGGUGCUUAAACAUGGAAAGCAGUUCUCAGCAGUGUUAGUAAUUUUGGGGUCAUGCGUCUGAAUGUCAGCAGUACAGGUGUACAAAUACAUUCUGCAAACCUGUUCAAUUUCUUGUACAGCAUCAGAUAAAAAAAUAGGUUUCUUGCUACAAAUGAAGCUUCAAGUCAGUAGGUGAGUAGAAAGUUCACCUAUGUGGCACAAAAGCCCAUGUAAAUCCCUGCUCAUAACGGUACUCGGCUUUAGAUUUCUGGUCAUUAAUAUGGUUCCUAAGAAGAGAAGAAAUAAAACUGACAAAUGUUGGUCUUUGCCCUUUACACUAUUUGUGAUCUUGGAUUUCACAUUUUCUGUAGAAAGACCUUAAUAUGUGCUUUAGUACAAGAGCACACAUGUGUUCAUUCCUCUUGUUGUUUCUCCGCAUUUAACCUACAAAGUCUUUUAUUUUUGUCCUCAAACUUGAAACGUCACAUAGGUUGCCAUCAGCCCAGACACCUUAUUAUUAUCGUUAUGUAACACCUUGCUUAUGUGAAUCGACCAUUUGUUGGUUAAUGUCUGUCAGUAACACUAAAGGAUUAAUUCUGUGCAUCAACAUCACAACUACUUAAAAUUGUGUCUGAGUACAUUAGUGUGAUGAUUAAUAACUGUAAAGACUUCAACUGUUUUUUGUUGUGUGUUGAUGUUUUUUAAAUAGUACACCUGUUUGUUACUGUACAGUAUAUAAACACUUUAUGUUUUCAUUCACAAGAUACAUAACAAUUAACCUAAAAUAAAUA